AUGGCCGUGAAGGAUGAGGCGCCUCGCCUGGGGAUGGCAGGUGACGUGACAAAGACGGAGGCCAAGGCAGAAACAUACGGGGAAGGCAUUGUUGAAACAAUGAUCCGGGAGGACGCGGAAGACGUCGCUCAUAAAAUGCUCAGAGACCGCAAGUGCAUUGCAAAGGCCAAAGGGCACCACUGUAUAUUCAUGACGGCUCUGAGGGAGAACAGAGGCAGCAUCCCAACAAAGAGCUCCGAAGAUAGGGGUGUCUUUGCUGGGCAGCAUAAGGGUGCGAGGCGCCCUCCUCCCGUGCGGGGCGGGGGCGGGGGCGGGGCGUGGCCUCCGGGCGCGGGUGACGUCAGGCGGCGCUUAAAGCCGGGCGGCGCGGUGCUUGCGCUCCAUUGCCGAGCGGGCGCCUUUCCUUCCUCCUUGCCUUGCCUUGCCUUGCCUUGCCUUGCCUUUCCUUCGCGGCUGGUUCCCUUCCCUCCUCCGCUGGGUGUCCGAGGAUGUUCCCUGGGCGGCGGGGGCGCCUCCUCCUGCGGGGGGCCCCUGGGGGGCGAUGGGGCCAUGGGGCCGCUUAGGAGGCGAAGGGCGGGCCAGCAGCAUCCGCGCGUGCUGCUCCUGGGCUCGCUGCUCUCGCUCUGGGCCACUUACCUGGGCUACAGCCUCCUGCUCUCCUGCCGGGGAGGAAGCCACGCCCCCUGCCCGCCCGCCCUCCACAAGGAGGAGAAGGCGGCGCGGGAGGCGCGGGAGGGGCGGGGCCUCCUCCAGGGGGCGGGGCCUCCGGGCCCCCAAGGGCCCCCCGCCCUCAAGCGGCUCCCCGGGGUCCUCAUCGUGGGGGUCAAGAAGGGCGGCACCCGCGCCGUGCUCGAGUUCCUCCGCGCCCACCCGGCCGUCCGCGCCCUCGGCACCGAGCCCCACUUCUUCGACCGCAACUACCACAAGGGCCUCCAGUGGUACAGGCGGCUGAUGCCCCGCUCACUGGAGAACCAGAUCACCCUGGAGAAGACGCCCAGCUACUUUGUCACCCGGGAGGCCCCCCAGCGCAUCUUCAACAUGUCUCGGGAGGCCAAGCUGGUGGUGGUGGUGCGCAACCCGGUUACGCGGGCCAUCUCGGACUACACACAGACCCUGUCCAAGACGCCCGGCCUGCCAUCCUUCGAGGGCCUCUCCUUCCGCAAUCGCAGCCUCGGCCAGGUGGACACCUCCUGGAGCGCCAUCCGCAUCGGGCUCUACAUCCUCCACCUGGAGGCCUGGCUCCAGUACUUCCCACUCUCCCAGAUGCACUUUGUCAGUGGUGAGCGGCUCAUCACCGACCCAUCCGGAGAGAUGGCCAGGCUGCAGGAUUUCCUGGGCUUGCGGCGCCUGGUCACUCGGCAGCACUUCUACUUCAACAAGACCAAGGGCUUCCCUUGCCUGAAGCGGGCGGCGGAGGGGGGCCGCCUCCCACGCUGCCUGGGCAAGUCCAAGGGCCGGGCCCAUGUCCAGAUCGACCCUGAGGUCAUCGAGCAGCUGCAGGACUUCUACCGGCCCUACAACGUCCGCUUCUACGAGACUGUCGGGCAGGACUUCCGCUGGGAGUGAGCAUGCAGCCUUCGUCCCCUGAAGGAUGGACUGGAUGCCCUCUGAAGCGCCCACUUAAGGCCUGGUUGGUAGCAACCUUAAGCCUCACCCCUUUGGUUUGCUGGGCUUGUAUCUUUCAGUGGAUGGGGCUACGGAUGGAUUUUAUUUUUCAUAACACCGAUAUAUAAGAUAUAUAUAUAUAUAUAUAUACAUAAAUAUAAAUAUAGUCUAUAAGUAUCACUGCCUAAGCACUGAGGGGCACAAGGGGUGUCCUGCGUGUGAGCCCCUUUUCCUGGUCUCUCAGCCAUUGAGACUCACCAGAGUCACCACUUCCCUCUUUCUUCCUUUCUUCCUUCCUCUUUGGUGGGAGCUGCGCCCGUUCAUGGACGCCCCCCAAAGGGCGCACGCACACGCUCCCCACGGAAAAAAGCACAUGCCUCUGUUGUUACGGGUAACGUCAGGCACCCCCACCUGCAUCCCCCCCCUUUUCUUCUUGUUCAGGAUUGUGUCUCAACCUCCCUCCCCUUUGUGUUCCCACUCCUCUCCUGUGCAAUGAUGAUAAUAAAUUAAUAAAACCCCACACAAUGCCAA